AUGGAUGUUGAGGAAUCCCCAUGGGCUGACACAAGCCAGGGCUCCAAGCCCGACACCCAGCCCGAGCUCACCACCGCGGAUUCGACAGCUGCCACCACGCCUGCGAGCUCCCAGCCAGCCUCAGGAGCAGCCCCAAGCCCCCGUCCUGCUCGCGGCCCCCGUCGCCUCGUGGCCCAGCCUACACGUCUCGAGGCUGUAGAUGAUCCCCUCGGCCCUCUCGGCGCCGCUCCCUCAACCGGCGGCGAUGGCGCUCCUCUCGAGGAAGACCGGCCCGCGCCCCCACAGAAGGAGCAACUGGUGAUGCGGACGACCAUGCCUCAGCCUCAGCAGCAGCAACAGCAGCCCAGGCGACCGGCCGAUCCGCAUCGCCUGUUCGAGGAUGAGGAGGAGGAGUUGAGCGCCGCGCAGAGGGGUCCCAGAGCACCACCCCCCGUCGAUGCCGCCAGGCCGAGCACCGUCCAGAGCUCGACACAGCCGAGCGUCAGCGUGGAGCAGGCAGCGAAGCCAACCUUUCAAAUCUACGUCGGCGACCCGGUCAAGAUUGGUGACUUGACGAGCUCGCACAUUGUCUACUCAGUACGGACCAGGACCACGUCGAAGGCCUACAGGCAGCCUGAAUUCGAGGUCAAGCGCCGGUACCGAGACUUCCUGUGGCUCUACAACACGCUGCACGCUAACAAUCCCGGGUUCGUCAUCCCGCCGCCUCCGGAGAAGCAGGCCGUCGGCCGCUUCGACAGCAACUUUGUCGAGAGCCGUCGGGCGGCGCUGGAGAGGAUGCUGAACAAGACUGCCGGGCACCCGACCCUGCAGCACGAUGCUGAUCUGAAGCUGUUCCUGGAGAGCGAGUCGUUUAAUGUCGACGUGAAGCACAAGGAGAGGCGAGACGUCAUCCCCACCGAGAGCAAGAGCGUCUUCAGUUCGUUCGGUAUCAACGUGGGUGGCGGCAACAAGUUUGUCGAGCAGGAUGACUGGUUCCACGAUCGCAAGGUGUACCUCGAUGCGCUCGAGAACCAGCUCAAGGGCUUGUUGAAGGCCAUGGAGUCCAUGGUCGCUCAACGCAAGAUGAUGGCCGAGGCGGCCGGCGACUUCUCCGCCUCGCUACAUGCACUCUCCACGGUUGAGCUGUCGCCCUCGCUAUCUGGGCCCCUCGAUGCUCUCUCCGACCUGCAGCUCACCAUUCGCGACGUGUACGACCGCCAGGCGCAGCAGGAUGUUCUGACCUUUGGCGUCAUUAUUGAGGAGUACAUCCGUCUCAUUGGCUCGGUCAAGCAGGCUUUCACCCAGCGCCAGAAGGGAUUCCACGCCUGGCACUCGGCUGAGUCGGAGCUGCAGAAGAAGAAGGCGAACCAGGACAAGCUCCUCCGGCAGGGCAAGAGUCAGCAGGACCGGUUGAACCAGAUCAGCGCCGAGGUGGGUGAGGCAGAGCGCAAGGUGCACCAGGCUAGACUGCUCUUUGAGGACAUGGGCCGGUCAAUGCGGGCGGAACUGGAUCGGUUCGAGAAGGAGAAGGUAGAAGACUUCAAGAGUGGCGUGGAGACGUUCCUCGAAAGCGCAGUAGAGGCGCAAAAGGAGUUGAUCGAGAAGUGGGAGACGUUCUUAAUGCAGCUGGAUGCCGAGGACGACGAUUCCGUCUUCUACAAGCCUCCCGUCUUCCAAACGAAUCAGGACAAGGCUCCGGGAGACACGGCCAUUGACCGUGCCCGGGCACGUCUCCACGAGGACUCGGAUUGA